UUUUUGCUUUUGCUGGCAGCGGUUUCUGUUUCGGUUUCAGUUUCGAUUUUUAGACAAGAGUUAGAUCCGUGUAUUCAUUGACAAUGUUGCGAUUGGCCAGUUCCACAUAUAGUUCCAUAUGUUGUAUUGUCUUUUUGAAUUUUUUGUGGCUGCUGCUGCUGACGACGACAUCCGCCAAGCCAACCAACUCCAGUGAUUCCUAUCCCAAAAACGAAAUGCAACAUGUGACCAGCUUUGUGAACCAGAAACCGAAGUCUGGAGUCCGUUCGGAGUUCGAUUUUGAACAGAAUGAGGCAGAGGCGACUAACUCGGCGCAUUUGCAGCAGCUUUUCAGCAGUUUGUUGCAGUUGCCGGGUAAUGUUAGUCUGCAGCUAUCUGUGGAGACGGACGAUGAGCCAGUCAGUGAACGCAACAUGCUGGAUGAUAUGGAGAUCGCUGGGGAGCAACACGAGGGCUUCACCGAAUCAUCGGACGAAUGGCAUCGCAUUAAACUGGCUAUUCCGGUCCUGGAGCCGGUAAAGCACCUAAUCAAUGCGGUAGGAGGCGGCGGUGUAAACGAUUCCCACGUCAAGAGCAAUACCCAUCGCCUGAUUGGACACCAUGGCGUCCACGAAACGCAUCAUCCUGGCGGUAACAUCAGCUCUCCGGCCAUCGAAACGGAGGAGGAUCGAGAGACGGCCAUCGACAGCACCAGCUUUGAUCUCCUGGAGACGUUGGGCACCGCCGGCACAGUGCUCAUUGGAAUCCUGCAGAAUCUGCGGAAGCUCUUUGCCGCUAGUGCUGGGAAUGCAAGUUCAGCUUCCUCUGGCGGCGGCGGGGGAGGAAAGUAGUUGGCUUCUUUCCGGACUCUGUGUUCUGUGAUUAAUAUUAACUUUUCGUAAAUUGAAUAUUAAUCACUAUUGAUCCAUACUAAUUAAAUACAAUUAAUAAACGAAAUAUGAUAAAAACGUCGAAA